CGAAACAAACUUGCUUAUCUAAUGAACGUCAAACUAGCAUAAAGACGUUGCUUUAGCAAGGAGGAGUAAAGACGACGGUAGAGAAUUGGGAAACAGAAGGGGGAUAAAAUAGGCCACGCGGCCCGUAAUUUAAGGUAAAUAUAAUAAUAAAAUGGCAACGGAGAAGGAUUUGAUUAAUGCAGUCAGAGAAUCACUUAAAGCUGAUGGGGAGCUUGGUCGUAUAAAAGCUGAAAUGCGUACAGAAGUCAUAAAGUUGUUAGAUAAUUCAAAUAAAGGAAAUAAAACAAAGCUUCCAAAGCCACCUUUAGACAUUGUAUUUUUGAAUGAACUUAUUCGAGAAUACUUAGAUUGGAUGGGAUAUAAGUACAGCUCUACUGUAUUUAUUUCAGAAUGCGACUUGUCAAAGCAACCUCUUGAUAGAUUUUUGCUUUUGCAAAGUUUGGGGCUGAAAGAAAGUGAGAAUAGUACAAAAUUACCAUUGCUGUGUAGUAUUGUAGAAACAUUCAAGAAUUUAAAAAAUACAUGAAUAUAUAAAAUUAUAUAUAGACGUAUUAUUAACAAAAGUAACAAAAGUCUAAAACAUUCAUACUUAAUAUUGUUAAUAAACAAAAAAUAUAUGAAUUAUCAAA